AUGCAUAUCAGCUCCACCACCGUCACAUUGGUGCUCACGGCAUCCUUCAUUCAAAGCGCGUUGGCCUUCCCCGUUCCUGCAUUUCUGGAUGUUCUCAGGCGCGACGCAAGUCCUGAUCCGCGCCUCUCUUACUGGAAAGGGGUCAACGAUGGGGGAAGCAGCAAGAUCAAGUCGCGUCGCUGGCUGAGUCCGAUCAUCGAAAUGCUGGAUAAGCGCGAGCCUGGUCUUUCCUACUGGAAGGGUGUCAAUGAUGGAGGCUCUUCCAAACGUGAAGCUGCUCCUGAGCCAGACCCAGGCUUGUCUUACUGGAAGGGUGUCAACGACGGAGGCUUUUCGAAGCGAGAAGCCGAGCCUGAACCCGAACCCGAACCCAGAUUACCUUACUGGAAAGGAGUUAACGACGGGGGCUCCUCCAAGCGUGAAGCUGCCCCUGAGCCAGACCCAGGCUUGUCUUACUGGAAAGGAGUCAACGAUGGGGGAUCGUCGAAACGCGAAGCUGCUCCUGAACCCGAACCCGAGCCCGAGCCCGGCCUGUCUUACUGGAAAGGAGUCAACGACGGCGGAUCCAGCAAGCGUGGCUUAUCAUACUGGAAAGGUGUGAACGAUGGAGGCUCGUCGAAGCGCGAAGCCGAGCCUGAGCCACAACCGGACGCUCUCCCUGCUCUGGGUCUUACUUGA